AUGAUUCCUAGGGCUCGUACGCAUGCACGACCCUUUCUGGACUCGCCACUCACAGUCAAGACUGCGUCUCCGUUGAAACACCGACAUGCAGUCACCCCCGUCCGCCAUCCUCCAAAGCGUCGGCGGCUCGCAGCGGGCGUGUCGUCACUUGCGUUUGGCAGCAACAGACUUGCUCGCUCCUCCGACACAGACAAUUCAGACCAAGAGGGAUAUCUUCCCAAGAGCCAGCUCAUGUACGCUUCCAGCCCAAGAGCCCUUCCUCGUACACGCAAGGCCCUCGCCAAGCUCCGGGGCAAGAGCGGCUCCCGCGCAGGAGCCGACUCGGAAAUGAGUCCCAGGAAACGGAAGCGCUCGGAUCGUGGUUCCAACUCGCCAGUAGAGUCAGACAGCUGGGUGGAGACGGAAGACGAGACACCGGAUUUCAUUGCCGAGGGUGAGUUUGUUGUAGCAGCAAGUGGGGAGGCUAACCUGGUAGAUGACCAACACUUCCUCAACGUUGCUACAGCCCAUGCUUUGCAGCGCCUGCGAAAGGGCGAGCUCAUUCGUCUAUGGAAAGUCUCCGGCAUGUGGUCAUCUGGGGAGGAUGACGGUAUGAAUGCAAGCGAGGAAGACGGCGACCACGGCCUAGGCAAGGCCGAACUGGUCUCUGGAAUUAUCGGUGCCCGCAAACAGUUUUCGGCCGCUGGUUCCUCUUCCAGGCCCAAGUCAUCCUCUCUUGAUCGCGCAUUCUCUCCCAAAGGUCGGCACAGUCGGACCAGCUCAUUGACGUCGCCUCCGUCUUCGUCUGACGAAAGCACACAUUCCAGGCCGAUGGACCUGGACGCAACUCCAAAGGCGCCCCGUCGUCGAACACGCUCGACUACGACACAUAGCAGGCUAGCAGAACCGAUUGCACUUCGUCCCGCCAACCGCAAAGAACGUCUAAAGGCCAAGGCCCGCCCCGGAAAACCUCGCGUGAAAGGCCUGGCCCAAGGUCGGAAAGCACGCUUCGGUGCCAACGUAAAGAGCCCAGAGCACCACACAGCUCGUCUCACCCGUCGCUCCUCCACACUUUCAUCAGUUUACGCUACGACGACAGACGGCUCUGGUGGCGACGAACCAUCGACGCCUUUCAAAACUCGCUCUCGGCACCUAUUAGAGUCCGCCAAUGUUCGAGCGACGCCCUUACUUCAUCGACUUCGCCCUCGCACGAGAGGCAACAUGGCUUCCAAUGCAUCCACUGAGGUGGACGCAGAUGCCGAAGAUAACGAUGGGGAUGAGGACUCUGGUCCAGCAUCGACGUCAUCUAGCUCCCGCCCACGCAGGGCCACUGAGUCUGGAAUGGGUCGUGACAAGCACGAGAGGCUUGCCAAGCGUGAGGCUCUGAAAGCCAUUCGUCAUGGCGAUGAGCAGUCUGUAUCGAGUGACCGUGAUUCCAACGAGGAGGGCACGGCAGCAGACGGCCCUGAUGAGCUCCAGGUGCUGAGCCCUAUCAAGUCGAGUAGAUCGGGACGGUCACGCAAGGCUUCGGGCUCGUCCCAGCGAGUCAGUGAGCCUAUCGAUAUUGAGGAUGAUGAAACGCAGUCGCCGGCGGCCAGUGUGCGGACUACGCGAUCCGGUAAAGUGUUCAGCAACAUGGAAUUGCGUGACGGCUCCCCCGCGGAAGAUGAAUCCAUGGAUAUGGAUGAAGGAGAGGAAUGGAGAAACGACGUGGAUCUGGCGACCACCACACUGUCGUCUUUAACUCGCCUGCGCAGAGACCAACUAGUCCACAUGUGUGAGACUCGCAGCCUUGAAGUUGGUGGCACGAAGUCUCAGCUAGCUCGCGCGUUGUUUGAAUGGCAAAACGAACAACAACGAGACGACGAGCUUGAGCGAACUUCAAGCAUCAGUUCUCAGAAUACGGCGCGCCCUGGCACCCCAGAGUCACCAAAGAUUGUACCAGCAGUGGCUACCAACACACAUCGGGAUGGCCAAGCGACGCCUGUGCUUCUCCGCGAACAUAUUCAUGCCACCGACCCGGCGACACCGCCUCGCUCCGAUGAAGACUCUGCUCGCUCCACCGAGAAUGACCUCAACUUGGACCUGCAAGAAUUAGGCUUGGAAGACUUCACCAUCAAGCCCGAACACCUGCUCAAGCUCGAGAAAAUUGGUAGCGGAGGAUUCAAAGAUGUCUUUGUUGGUAAACUCAGAGGCCGCAAGGUCGCAAUCUCAGAGUUUAGGGGACACCUCAGUGAAAUGGACAUUCGAGAGCUCAAGCUCCUGGCAGAGUUCAGCCAUCCCAACAUCGUCCGCUUCCGCGGCAUUUGUAUCCCUGAAGACUCUUCCCAAGUGCCCUGCAUGCUCAUUAGUGAGCUGUGCGAGAAUGGCGACCUCUUCGACUACAUACGCAAUGUCCCUCCUCCGCCCCUCAAGCGGGUCCUGCGUCUCAUGCUGGACAUUGCCCGUGGCCUCGAGUACCUACAUCUCCGCAAACCUGCGAUUAUCCACAGAGACUGCAAGUCUACAAACAUUCUCAUCACGCGGCAGGGCACUGCCAAAGUUGGCGAUUUUGGACUUGCGCGAGUCAAACACAGCACACGCUCGAUGAUCCGCAGCUUGGUCGGCACAGUCAACUGGCAGGCACCAGAGCUCUGGCAUGCGAGUCCACGCUACGACUACAAGGUCGAUGUGUUCUCGGCCGCAUUGGUCUUUUGGGAGAUGCUGUCCGGUUGGGCAGGCGAAAAGAAGUACCCAUGGGAGGGCCACAAUGAACACUACAUCUAUGAUGCGGUGGGCCAGAAACAGAAGCGCCCAUCGCUGGCCGGGUUGCGCAAACACUGGGGCCCUGAGCCAGUCAACCUGAUUGAACGCAUGUGGCUUCAAGAUCCGGGGGAGCGUCCAACCAUGUCCGACGUGGUUGCUGACCUGGAGGCUCUCAUUAUCGAGUCAUGA